GGAGUCUUUUGGGCGGGCUGGCCGUUUCACUCUUGUCGUCGGACUAGAAGAAGCUUGACCGGCCCGAAAAUGCUGUAUAUAUUCCACGUGGACACCGGCACCACCAUCACCUUCGACAUUAAAUUGGCGCUGCAGACUGUCGCCCAACUGAAGGAAGCGAUCGAGAGAGAAUGCGGCGUGGUCUCGGCGCACCAGGUGCUCCUGAUGAGCGGAGGCGAAAGCCUGGAACCAACCGCGCGUGUGUGCUCCUACUCGGCCGGAACCGACACGAAUCCGAUCUAUUUGUUCAGCAAGGCCGCCAUUGAGAGCCAUCUUCCACCCACGCCGAGCAUAGAUUACGGUUCCGAUGUCGAUCUUCAGAAUCAGAUCGACGCGUCGCUCGCGAUGCCGGCCACUUAUCAGACCCUGAUCGCCCGCGCCCAAUUGGCACAGCAGUGCUGCGGAUUGGCGCGGGAGCAGACGAGGAUCUGCGAGAGGCUGGUCCACGAUCAGCACCUUCAGCAACAGGGGUGGGCUGCCGUGGUCGCGAAUCUGGAGGACAUCACUCAGAUGUUCCAGUCACGGGCCGACCUCCUGCAGCAGAGCUUCGCCGUUUACUUGUCGGAGAGGCAGCGGCACAUGGAACUACUCGAAAACUUUAACGCGGACCUGGGCACCCUAGCGAAAAUUCCAAUCCUGCCAGCGCUGAGGGCCCAGGCGGAGGGUUUGCUGAGCCCGGACGAGCAACCGAGUCAGCCCGAAAAGGACACCGAGGGGAGAGAGAAGGUUCUGAGCCUGCUUCGAUGGAUCUCGGCGAAAGACAAUCAAAGCAGUUUGGAGCAGGUGGCGGAGCAGUGCUCGAGGGGUCUGGAACAGUUCGACGAGAGGGUGAUGGAGGCGUUGAAGGCCGAGGUGAACGCGGCCAUCGACAGCGCGAACAAGCAGGACAUGAAGGAGAUCAAGGGCCUGGGCGAGAGGUUGUUCGCUUUGGAGCAGCUGAUGGCGCAGACGAAGAAGCUGGUCCAGGAGCAGGGGGAGCUCGCCCAGGGUUUCCUCCAGAAUCAGAGUCGGGCGAACAACUUGGGCGAUGCGAGCGUGCUUCCCGACCUGUGCACGUCGCACAGGCGGCAGCUGCUCGUCAUGCUGCAGAAUCACAACAAGUUGCGCGACAUCAGGCGUCGGUGCACGAAGGCGAAGGAGGAGCUGUCCGUGAACAUCUAUCACCGGCUGAAAUGGAUCAUGUACGUGGAGAACAAGAUGAUGGAGGUGGAUGGCAAGUUGGUCAUGUAUCACGAGAGUCUGAAGCGUUUGAGGAGGCACCUCGAGGUGCUGCAGCAGAUCCAUCUCGCGCCGCAGAUGUACAUGAACGCCGUGGCCGAGGUCGUUCGUAGGAGAACGUUCUCCCAGGCUUUCCUGGUCUGGGCCAGCAACUUGGCCUGCCAAUUGCUCACCGUUCACAGCGAGGAAUUGGCUCGCAGAAGGGAGUUUCAGAGCAAAUUCGACGGCCACUUCCUCAACACCUUGUUCCCCGGCCUUGAGGACACGCCACCGCCAUUCGCCACCCAGGCGCCAUCCGUUUUCGAUAACGGAUUGCCAAAGUUGACGGCGGAGGAUAUGGAAUCCCUUAGAUCUCAGCUACCCGAUCUGGCGCUGACCAUCUCGUCGCCAGAUUUGAACAGCAUCACUCAGUUCUUCCUGUCGAAGAGUCUUACCAGCGGCGACGAGAACAACAAGGAGAAGGAUAGCGCUUCGAUGCGCGUGGACGUGGCCACCAAGGAGCAGGAACGAGCCAGAGCACCGAUGCUGUUCGACAGGGGUGGCUUCGAAUCGGAGACGGACACGGAGGAGUUCGAGAAGAUCGGGCAGGGCGCGACGGACUCUAAACCGGAGUCCUUCGAUGGCGCGAAACAAACGCGUCAGAAGCAAUUGGAGGUUGGUGCCUCGCGAAGCGUCUCCCCCGCUUCCUCGACCUCGACUAACGUAUCCCCGCUUAAUUCGAAAGUCGCGGACCUGACGAACCGGUCAUCCUCCUCGAGCGAGCCUGGAUCCUUCCAUUUUCCCAGUCUGUCCGUGAGCGAGCGUCCAGCUCAGCUGAGCCCGCUAACCGAGUGCGCCGAGAACGGCGAGUCGAGCUGUUUGCUUCACCGUGCUACCACCAACUGUCUUCCUAAGUAUCACGAGACGCCAUCGAGCACGAUGCCCGCCGAGGAGCCAAACUCCCUAAGUCCGAAUCCUCCCUCCUCCCUGUCACGGUCCGUGAUGUGCGACGGCCAGCAGCAGCAACGCCACCAGCUGUCCGGCAGUGGCGGUAGCAGCCCAUCCGUCGGAGUUGGGGCUACCGACUUCAUGGGUACUGAAUUUUACAUGGACGAGUCUCUUCCGAGCAGCCUCAGCGAGCAUCCCGCAGACGGCCAGCACCAGGCUAUCGUUUCCCUUCUCCAGGAGAAUCUCGGGAACACUCGGGAAGAGGUGGAAAGGCUCCGUUCCAUAUUGAAAACGAUGAAGGCGGUGGUGUACGAGGCGUUGAGGUCCGUUCGCAAGGAGUUGGCUGUUCUCAGGGAUCGAUCGAACGAGGGCGCGACCGGUUUCUCCAAGACGACGGACCAAUUUCGGGAGGCUCUGUCGUUGUACACGCGCGAGUGCGAUCGCCGUCUUCGAGAACGGGAGCAGGAGUUGACGGUGGACCACGAGCUCGAGAUGGCGGACGUGAAGAAGAUGAUAGAGAGUCGCGAGGAGGAGAUAUGCACGUUGAAGCGGAGCGUGAUCGAGAAGGAGACCGAGCUGGCCGAGCACGAGCGCCUGAUAUCGACCAUGCGGCAGAAGUUGGAGAGCGAGCAAACGGAGAUGAGGGAUCUGCAGACGCGCCUUCACCAGCAGUUGGAGGAGGCUUUGGAGCAGGCGCGCGCCGAGAAAGAGUCGGCCGUGAAGAACGCCAACGACGAGAGAUUCUUGGAGAUUGCGUCGCUCACGAAUUCCGUCACGCAAUGCCAGAAGCGUAUCCAGGAAUUGGAGAAGAGUUUGGACACGGCGCGCAGCGAUCAGAAGAGGAUGGUGAAGGAGGCGACCGAAAAGCUGCAGAUGGAGUACAAGAGCGAGUUGCAGUCGAUCAGGAGCCGGUUCAAGCUGAUGACCGCCUCCACGACCAUGGAGAGCAGCCCGAGCGACAGCACCGACAAGAUCGAAAGACCAGAUUUCAUCGAGUUGGCCGGCCACGUGUUGACCACGGCGCCGCAAGACAUGAAGCAGGAGAAACGGACCAUCGAGGACACGGAUUGCGUGGCGAAAUUGGUUCACGAUCUACGAUUGGCCACGCAGGUGAUCGAGGAGAAGGACAGAGAGAUGGAGAUGUUCAGGAGGAGGGAGGUGGCGUUGACGGACGAGUGUAAGCGUUACAAGAGCACGAUCAGGCGUUUGACCGAGUCGGAGAGUUUUAAGAGCGAGCCGGGUUUGCACAAGGAGAGCAGCGACGAGCAGCUGGAAAUGAGCCAGAGCAGCUUGGAGGAGGUGGCGAAGAACUUGGAGGCGGAGAAGGACGAGGUGGAGGUGUCCGAAUCGAAGAAGGUGCGGCUGGAGGCGAGCAACGACGAGCCGAGCUGCCUCUCGAGACGGCUCGAGAUGCUGGAGAACGAGAACAAGAGGUUGAGCGCUGAAUUGCAAUCGCUCCGCGAGAGCAAAGAGUCGGCCGAGGCGAAGAUAGAGGCCUUAGAGGCGGACAAGGUCCGGCUCGAGAUCGAGCUGGUGAAGGAACGUCCGAGAAACUUCGCCGCCCCCGACUCCUCGUCCUCGUCGGAGUGCCGCGAGAAGGACAUGAACGCCUCCGUGGCGGUGGUCUCCGAGUCGAGCGCGCGCAGGGACGCGGCGACCAGCCCGAAACCGCAGCGUCGAUGCGGUUGCACGACGUGCUUGACGCACGUCCAAAAGAAAAUGCAGAAAACCGCCACCAAGCUGACGGAGAUGGGCCACAUCACCGUGACCAGCUGCGAUCCCGGGGACAACGUGUUGAUGUUCUGGGAUCCGACCCACGGUACGUACACGUUGUACCAGGAGUCAACAACGCUCUACUUCCUCAAUACGGAUUCCUCUUCCGAGUUGGAUCUGGGCUCGAAUCCCGACGAGUCGAAGAAUACUCAGAGCAUCGUCGAGGUUGUGGAUAAACAGUACUGUCACGCCAGAAAGUCGGAGAAUCGAUAUCGCGUACGACGCGGUACCAAAUUCUAUCGUGUGGUCGUGAAACCUGUGAGCAACAGUGCAGCUAUGUUGGCGAGCGUUCAGCAAGAAUAGAGUAGGAAAAAUGAUAAAUAGAGAGAGAGAGAGAGAGAGAGAGCGAGAGCGAGAGUGAGUGUGUGAGAAAGAGAGAGAGAGAGAGGGAGAGAGAGAGAGGGGUCCGUCGAUUCUCCGCCAAUUCGAUAAACCCUGUGACCGCGGAUCCGCGUCGCGGGAAUGAACACUUGUGGCCUUGCACGUUCAGUUCAUCCGACACGCAACCGACACGGAUCCUUAGCAUACACAUGUUCGCGAUCAUCCGGAAUUAUUCUCGGAUCAAGGCCAAAACCUGCCAGACCUUAUAGACGCAUCCUUGAAUCAGUCGAAUCGAAUGGAAGAAGAAGAAGAAGAAGAAGAAGAAGGGAAGUUUUUUUGGAGAGAUCGAGAGAAAAGGUAUGGGGCUACCUUUUGUUCAUGGGUGCCACGAUCGAAUCGGGGAUCAGAGGAGGAAGGAUGCGCUGGCGUUUCAUUGUGAUAUAAAUAAUUUUUAAACGAGCGAAACAUAUUUGCCGAAUGCUGUGGUUAGCUGUGAAGCGUAACGAUGUUUGUAUUUCCGUUUUCGGUUUUCUCUUUUAUUUUUUCGUUUCAGACGAGACCGAACGUGAGAAUGAGACAGAGAGGAAGGAAGAAUGCGCGCGUGUGUGUGUAUGAGAGAGAGAGAGAGAGAGAGAGAGAGAGACGAUAAUAAGAAAAAAAAAAGCAACCGCGAAUACAUAUAACGUUAUUACGACGAACAAUUAAACUUUAUCAAAUGAUAUUCUUCUCGAUAAGCUGAUCGCGUGCAAGGGAGAAAAAGUUAUUAGUGUGCAAGAGCGGAAGAGAAAGUUCUUUUUUUUUUUUUAUUUUAAUUUUGGAUACACAGAGGCGAAAUUUAUUUGUUAUUCGAUCGAAAACUAUUCAAAACUAUUAUUACUAUUACGAUUACGAUAACUAUAUUACUAUUACCAUUAUCUUUGCACUGAAAACAAAAUGACGAAAAAGAAACGAAGAAAAAUCGUAGUGCAUAGUAAGUUUUGGAAAGAAAGGAGGAAAAACAAAGGGGGGGAAGGGGGAGGGGUAGGAAAGAAAGAAGUAACGAAGAUAAAGCAAGACAAAGAAGGUAUAACGAAAAUCACGAAUGCUUUGUAUAUGCAAACUAUAUUAUAUAUUAUAUAUGUGAUAUAUAUAAUAUAUAUUAAAUAUAUAAACUCGUGUACACGGUUUAUUGGGUAUCGAAAACAGAAUCGGAUACCGAUACGUGCAAUAUUCGUGUACGUAAAGUAUAAACACACACGCAUACACACACAAUCACACACGCAUACACAUAGGUCCUAUAUAAGCCGAAGUCUAAGAUUUUAUAAAACGAAAUAAUCGUGUGUCGUUUCAUUUUUCGGGACACGCAUCUUUGACAUAUUAGACGGUUCGUUUCGUUUAGGAGAAAAAGAAAAAAAAUGAAAUAUAUAUAAAAAUAUAUUAUAUAUAUAUAUAUAUAUACAGAGGACGAGUAGGCAUCGUAUUGCCUCCUUCCCUCGCAUCGACCACAGUGUUUCUUCUAACGAUUUCGUUUCGGGUGCCUCGUGGUCGGUCCACUCCGUUCUUUAUUCGAAUCAUCGAUUUAUUAUGAUUCCAGCGUGGAAAAUUCGCUGCACGGAGAAUAGGAGUAAAACCACGUGAUACUCGUACAGAUAAAUAUCUUUACUUCGAAGCGUAACGACGAAUGCUUACCGACGAAAGAAAGAUUUAUUAGGUUUCUUUAGCCCCGUCGAGAUAAACCCGGUGUGAGGCAAACUCUUCGUAGGAUGAAUUUUAUAGAUAUAUGCGUACAUAUGCAUACGCAUUAACACGUAUACAAAAUAUAAACAUAUUAUACACACAUGGAAACAUACCGUACAUAUACACAUAUAUUUUUUUCUAUCGUUCAAUGUCCAAACCUGUUUAGAGGUUAACUCGGAACGACGAUCGAAAGAAAAGCGCGUAAAACGAGAGACCGUUAUUAGCUUCUUUGUGACAGAUCGCUACUAGCAUCCUUUAAUUAUCGAUUCUCUAUCGUUUUAUAUAAUUGCUAUUAUGAUUAUUAUUAUUACUAUUAUUAUUAUUAUCAUUAAUAUUAAUAUUAUUAUUAUUAUUACUUACUAUUAUUACUAUUAUUAUUAUUACUAUUAUUAUUAUUACUACUAGUACUACUACUAUUAUUAUUAUUACUAUUAUUUUAUUAUUAUUAUUAUUAUUACUAUUAUUUUAUUAUUAUUAUUAUUACGAUUAUUAUUAUUAUUAUUAUUAUUAUUACCAUUAUUAUUAUUAAAUAUUAUCGUUUUUUCCUCCGCGACAGUUUUCUAGACACUUAUAGUAUCAUACAAUAGCUGUGAUUGUUAGACUCGACGUUUACACUUCUACUACGUAUAUACAUAUAGUCGAUAAUUUAAAUCUUAAUUCCCGGGGCCGGAUGAGUAACGAUAGGUUCGUCGUCCGCUUUCAAAAAAAAAAAAAAAGAAAAGAAAAAAAGAAAAAAAGAAAGAAAGAAAGAAAAAAGAAAAAAAAAACGAAAAACAAGGGAAAAAAGAACAAAAAAGAAAAACGAAACGGUCCACGUACACUUUUCUACACAAUCUCUCUUUUGUUCCCUCCGAAUAUUUUUAUUUCUUUUUCUCUCUCUCUUUAUACACACACACAUAUAUAUAUAUAUAUUUUUUUCUUUCCUCUGCCGAAAUUCUACGAAUCGAGGAAAAUAUUAUUAAAUAGGCACACAUGCACACAGUGUACCUGAAUCGUCAGGCGGAGUUGAAAACGACGUGCUUGUUCGCUCGUCGGCCUUAAUUAUUUCAAGUUUUUCGAGCGAAGCCGCCGGCGUUCGAGGUGGCCCGCCGACACACACACGCGGCGAACAUACACACGCGUACACACGCGAUACAACGCUGAUAAGUAAGAUAAAAAAAGAAAAAAAAAGACGAAGCAGAACAAAUCCGUUCGGUAGGUUGUGUAGCUUGUCGAGAGAACGACGCACCCGCUUCUGACUCGUAGCGCAAUUAGCAAUUUCGUUUCGAGCGAUUCCUCUUUCUUUUGUCGAUUGAAAGGAAAAAGAAAAAAAAGAAAGGGGGGAAAAAGCAUGAAAAGAAGGGAAAAAUACACACACAACACACACACACACAUGUACACACAAGAGAAAAGAGAAAUUGAAAAUUAGAAAAGAUAAAAAAAAAAGAAAGGAAGGAAGGGAAAGAGUAAAAUUCGCGAGAGCACGCAUGCACAGAUUUAGCACGAAUUCUACGUGACGGUAAUCUGGAAUCUCGUCCAGAUUCCUCCCGUUCUCCUUCGUUAUUCGUAAUUAAUACACUUUCUCUCCGGAAACGUCGCGCUUCCACGACGAUCGACGUUUUUUUCCGUCGUCGUGUCGAUUCGCGGGCAAACGCAUCGGAUGCACGAGGAAAUCGGAAUUUCUUACUGCUCCUCCUCCCUAUCGAGUAUCCUUGAAACGAGAUGGAUGAGUCUCGGUGUCGCUCUUCCUAAUUUCUUACCAAGAUCACCUACUCGCGAAUCUCUGAAUCAAAAUAUAAAUCGUUAGAUAUACGUAUAUGUAUAUGUAUAUAUAUACAUAAAUAAAGAAGCGUCGACGAAAUGAUCACGCGCGUGUAAGAAGAAGAAUGGUCGGACGGACGAAAGAUCGUGGUGACGAGCGACACUCGCGAGACAUUGUUUUUAAUAUUCUCGGGGAUCUCGGCGUUUCCUCGUGCGUACGACAUUGUUCACGAUUUCUAUCGGUCCGAUUCUUUUCUCACUCGAAGGGCCCACUCGAGCAGAGAGAGGAUUCGAGACGCACUCUCCGCACAGUUUUCUUUUCUUUUCCACCCCUCCCCCUCCCCCUCUUCCUUUACACAUUUCUCGUAUGCGAAUAUGCGACGAAGGUAGGACGAAGGGAGAAAGCACUGCCUCGUGAAAAGCACACACAAAGAUCGAGAGCGCGACGUCGAUCGCUUACACGAUACGCGAAAGCUGUGUGAAAGCUCGACCGACCGAUGUUGGGAGAGCAUUUAUCUGCAACGUCGCGGGACGGUCACACGACGCGGCAGCUUAUGCUCCGACACGGUUGUACUCGAGCCGUUACGCCUCCAACCGCAUUUCUUUCCAGACGAUGUGUGUGACGAUUGUUAUCGUUGAUCUUUCGCUGUUCGGAUUUCGCGUUCAAUCGCGAGACGAUUUGAAGGGGAUGAAAACUUCGGCGACGAUGAUGUUUCGAGAAAGUUGGCGUAUGAUGAGAAAAAAGUUUUUUUUUUAUUUGGAAUUACUCGAGAAAGUGGACGAGAGUUGUCGAAAGGAGAUUGCUCUUGCCGAUGGUUAACGAAGAAACUUUGCAAUCCUUCGUUUAUUUUUCCUUUUUCUCGCGCAUUCGACGAUUGCAAAAUUUCUCUGUCAGAAAUUUUGUGCAGAAACGUUUGGGAGGCAAGAGAUUUGAAAGAACGCGAUUUCGAAGUCCUGUUGACGAGAGAUCGAGAAACAAUCGUGACAAACAAAUUAUUCGUGCGGCAACGACGCAGUGAAACAACGUACAACCUCGUUCUGCUACGGACGAAUCCAUAUCCACGUUAUUUUCUUUGAGAAAAGCCAGCAUCCUUGAGAAAUGCUCGUAUCUGUAUCGUAUAAUGAAAUCGAGCAGCUUGUGCGUCGAGAGUUGUGGUCUGCGCGAGAUUGAAAUCGCAAAUAUAGAAAUCAAAAAAAAAGAAAAAAAAAAAAAGAAAAAAAAAGAAAAAAGAAAAAGAAAAAGAAAAAAAUUUGCCAAGCGAAACGAACGAACCCGAGUUUUUCGUUUCGUCGCGAAAGCAAUGGGACUUUUAGAAGCUAGGAGGAUCAAUUUUACUCCGUUCUUUCGACGCUUCUCGGAUCUCAAAGGAGCCGCCGAGUAAAUUUAUAAGUUCGCGAGUAAAUUUAAUUAACGCGCCGCGUUAAAAAGAAGAAGAAGAAGAAGAAGAAAAAAAAAAUAUGUAUACAUCGAUCGAUCGGUAGUGGAAGAAUGAAUUUUUCCAAUUUGCUCUUUCGUCCAAAGUGGACGGUAAUAUUAUUACACUUACGCGAAUAUAUCAAAGCGACGUGCCUGCAACGUUUUUAGCAACGUGUUAAUUUCUCAUGGUCGCAAAGAAUUCGAUCGAAAAGGAGUACGAAGGAAUGCGAAAUCACUUGAAUGAUCGCGGAGAGAAUCGUUUUCAAGAGUCGAUCGAUUCUAUUUUUUUUUUUUUUCUCUUUUUUUCCCCCCCCUCUAAUUUUAUAUUAUUUUUGAUCGAUCUGGUCUCUCGAGAGCGGAGAUGCACGAGGAUCCAGACGCGAGAAGGGACGAAGAGACGAGAACGCGCGAAUGUUCUUUCUUUUUUUUUCGAGAGAACGUUUUCAUUCGAAAUGAAAAGUCGCGUGAAAAACCACGUUCCGAAAGAAAGAAAGAAAAAAAAAAGAACCGUACCGGAGCCACACCUCAGAAGAAAUUUGCUUCUUUUAGGGAAACGGGAUGAUAAGCGAGUGAGAGGAAUGAUUCGGUUAUGUCGGAAACAGAAAACAAGAUGGAGAGGAAAAUAUCGAUAGUAAGGGAAAUUGAUUGAGAGAGAGAAAGAAAGACAGAGAGAGAGAGAGGAGAGAGGAAAGAGUAUAUAUAUAUAUUAUAUAUAUAUAUGCAUGUGGAUGAUAAAGCCGCGUUUUUAUUUUUCUAGCGAUUAUUCUAUAAACGAAGCGUCGUUUACCCUCUUCUCCCACCCCCAUUUUUUUACCUAGACGCCUAAAGUGAGUGAAUGAGUAAACGAGUAAAUGUGUCUGCACUGAGAGAGAGAGAGAGAGAGAGAGAGAAAAUAGAAAAAGAAUGAAAAGGGGAAAAAAAAUUAAGAAUAUGUAAACCGUAGUAUUGAUAGAGUUUGUUUUACGUGUGACGUGUAUAGGACAAAAUAUAAUAAUUCGAUAUUAUAGUAUAUUCUUUUUUUUACUGACCAAAAUUUAUACGCUUAGAAACGUUUAUACAUUCUAUGUGAGAGGUAAUCGUAAUUCACGUACAAAUGGAAUAAUUAAAAACAAAAAAAGAGAAAAAGUUAAAAAAAAAAAAAAAAAAAACGAGAAAAAAUUGAGAGCAAAAUUUGACAAAAAAAAAAAGAGAGGAUGUAACAAAAAAAAAAAGGGACGAGCUUCAGGCGAUAUGUCGAUGCGACAUGAUUAAUUUUACGUUUGCUUCUUUCGAUUACAGAUGUCUUUUCUUUUUUCUUUCGUUUUUUUUUCCUAUUAUUAUUAUUAUUAUUAUUAUUAUUAUUAUUUCUCAUCGAGUAGCAAGGUGAAAAAAAAUAAAAUUUCGUUUUCGUGAUGAUCGACUUUGCUCUUCGACGAAUACAAAUUACACUAUAAAGAUGAUUUAGCGCUUACUUUUCCAACGAGAUUCAGCGAUUCUCCUGAAGGGGGGAGGGAUAAAGCACACAUUUAAUUAAUUAUAAUUACAUAAAUAAAAUUAGCUCUGAGUUGUGGCAUAAUUCGCGCGAACAACGAGAAUCAAAACGAGAAUCGGCCAACCGAGGUCCGCGAGCGUGAGUUUCGCGAUCGAUCGAACGAUCCAACGAAUGUCUUUCCUUAUUAUUAUAAUCCUUGUCCAUCCAUGGGUAUAGUGUACGCUUUUGCAAUCACGAGAACGAGCGAUUUCGUGGUAGAUUAAAAAUCGCUCGCGCACUUCUUUCCUUCGAAACACGUGUACGCUCGUUUCGGGUUAUUGAUUGAUUAAUUGAUUAAAAGAAAAGAAAGAAAGGAAAAACAGGAACGAAUCGAGAGACGUAGACGCGGGAGGUAGACUCGAAAAGCGAUCGAUAAAUCGUUGAUCGUUCGGCGAUGCACGCGAACCGUUCGGAUUCGCACCCCCGAUUUCGUUUCUCGUCUCCCUUGUGCUCGCCGCUUGAUGAAAACGACGCGGGGAAUGAACAGAUAUUUGACGAUCGAGCAGGUAGAGCGUCGAUUGUAGGUUGGCGUGUAAAAGAGUGAUUGUUCGAAUGUGCGAGGCAAGAAGAAGAAGAAGAAGUAAAGAAAAAAAAAAGAAAAAGAAAAAAAAAAGGAAAAAGGAAAAAAAAGGAAAAAAAGAAAAACGAAUAUCGCGCAUGUAAUCCGAGAAAGUGUAAUGCAAAAAUAGGUAUAUGAUUAUAUUACAUAAUAUACAUACAAUUGUGAUCGUGAGAGUAUCUGUUGCGAAUAAAAUAAUAAAUUACGAAUAAA